AUGCUUGCCCUCCUCGCUGCCCUCCUCCCCGUCGCCCAGGCCGUCCAGGUUCAGUCCUUUGCUGCUCCUGCCGAGUGCCCGACCUGCGUUUCUAGCAACUAUGUUGGCCAGAGCAACGGCUCGCUCCCUGUCCAGACCGUCGUUGCCGGCAGUGCUUACGACCGCUUUGUCACCAUCUGGCUCGAGAACACCGACUACGCCUCGGCUGCCGCCUCGUCCACCUUCCAGAAGCUCGCUGCUGAGGGUAUCCUUCUCACCUCGUACCACGGUGUGACCCACCCUUCGGAGCCCAACUACGUCGCGGCCAUGAUGGGUGACUUCUUCGGUAUGGCCGACGAUGACACCUGGUUCCUCCCCUACAACGUUUCGACCCUGGUCGACCUCCUCGAGGACCGCGACAUCUCGUGGGCCUCGUACCAGGAGAACAUGCCCACCGACGGCUACGACCUCGACUACACCCAGACCAACUACCUUAACGCGACUGCGGGCAACUACACCUAUUACAAGCGCAAGCACAACCCCCACAUCAUUGCCAACACUGUUGCCUCGGACGCCAAGCGUGCCCUCCGUGUCCGCAACUUCAACGACUUUGCCGUUGACGUCAACGCCUCGGCUCUCCCCCAGCACGUCUGGAUCACCCCCAACAUGGUCAACGACGCUCACGACACGGACGUCAACUUUGUCUCGGAGUGGCUCGAGUACUUCCUUGUCCCCCUCCUCUCCAACCCUCUGUUCAACGACAACCGUACCCUUGUCCAGCUCACCUUUGACGAGAACGAGUCGUACGGUAUCCAGAACCAGAUCUACACUGUUCUCCUCGGUGGUGCCGUCCCCUCGUCGCUCAAGGGCACCAACGACUCGACCUUCUACACCCACUACUCGCACCUCUCGUCGGUCCAGAACAACUGGAACCUCCCGUCGCUUGGUCGCCAGGACGCCAACAAGACUGUUGCCUCGGUCUUUGCUUUCCAGGCUGAGAUCACCAACCACACCAACUACGUCCCCACCGAGGCCGAGAUCCCCAUGCUCAACCUCACUGGCACUUACCCCGGUGCCUGCAACCCUGCCAUGUGGAUCCCCAUCCUCGCCCCCGACGUGACCGCCACCGGCGCUGGUAACGGCUCGGUCUUCUACAACACCUCGGCCGUUGACGCCAGCCUCUCGUCGGCGCCCACUCCUCUCAACCUCACCGGCAGCGUCAACGAGCUCAACGUCAACCCCAACUUCACUUACACUGGAACCACCGUUGACAACUCGUCGUCGCCUGCCGCCGUCUCGGCCUCGUCUGCGGCUGCUCACGCUACGUCCGCGGCCUCGACCGCCUCGGCCAAGUCGGCUGGUGAGCGCCUCGCCGUCUCGGGUGGCGCCAUUGGUGUGGUCGCCAUGGCUGUCGCCGCUCUCCUGUAA